AUGAGCGCCGACCAUGGCUCUGCGUCGCCGGCGGCCACGGGCGUCCGCAAGCGAGGGAAGAGGGGCAAGUAUUCGAGAUGGAAGAACGAAGAAGAGAGACUCUUCCGCCUGAGGACCCAAUACCCUACUAUGACAUGGAAGGAGUUUCAUCGGCGAUUCUACAGCCAUUACACCCCAAGUCCGGGAGUUAUAUCGUCAAAAUAUAAUCAUUUGUUGAAAGCUGGCUUUACGCUGCCCGAGACGGUCUUCCCUCCAAGAGACUAUACUCCUACACCCAGUGGGAACUCCAUAUAUAGCGAUGAUGAUGCUGCUACGCACAUUUCAUUUGAGGCGGGCAGUCCCAGUGGCCCCAGAUUAGACUAUUUUGAGAGACACUCAGCGAGUGAAUCAAGGCUACGAGAUCAAAACCAUGCGACUCUCCCAAUAAGAAAUCACAGCAGGCUGAGGCCUGAGGACAGCGACAGCGACUUUUCCGACACAGGCCACAGAAACGGCGACAAGUCGAGUAGUAAUAGACAGGCCCGAAAACCUCGGGGUGGCGGAGGGUUUGCUAGCGUCAACGGCGGGUCAGGACCAUCAAGCAGCGCAGAGCGAUUGCAGGCCGAGAAGAAGCUACGGGACGUGGAAGAGACCGCCAAAGAAAUCAGGGCCGCCUGGGAAGAAGUCCGCGAGGCCAUCCGCGAUGUCAUGUUUGUCGAGCAAUGGGACAGAGGCGGAAUGGGGCCCAAAACGACCUCGCUGGAGACCUCCAUCGACCGGCUCAUCGAGCAAUCAGCAAUCAGCAAGCCUGCAUCCUCGACACAUUCUUAA